GUGAUUGAUGGAACAAGAAGAAGUGGAAAAAAAAUAAAAGAAACGAGAGUACUACAUGUCAAGUUUUCAUCUGUUCGUGCUGCGAUGGCAGAAUAGCGAGUUUGAAGUAAAUUAUUGGUUAAUGUGAUGUUUUGUAAAGGUAAUAACAAGGCAAAAUGCCAAUACAGGCACCUCAGUGGACGGAAUUUCUCUCCUGUCCAGUUUGCCGUCAUGACUUCGAUGCCACCCAACGUGGGCCAAUAUCAUUGGGAUGUGGCCACACAGUCUGUCGCACUUGCCUCGCGAACCUUCAACGAAAGCAAUGCCCAUUUGACCAGAGCGUUAUAAACACCGAAGUAGAAAGACUGCCUGUGAAUGAUGCGCUACUCCAGCUUGUCGGCAGCCCGGUUUCUCCUAAUUCUGGCGGAGCCCAUCUAAAACUUGUGCCUAUUGAAGAUCACGCCCAUUAUCUAGCCGCCAAAUGUUGCAUCGAAGAAUUGGCGCUCUACCUUAAACCAUGUCAAGCUACACCAGCGACAGGUGGAAUGGGCCUUGUUUCUCGACCCAUGCAAAGAAAGUUGGUCACAUUGGUUGGAUGUCAAUUAGUGGAGCCAGAAGGACGUGCUCGAGCGGUGAGAGCAGCACGAAGCUUGGGAGAACGUUCUGUAACGGAAUUGAUUCUUCAGCAUCAAAACCCGCAGCAGUUAAGCGCAAAUUUGUGGGCCGCUGUGCGUGCUCGGGGUUGUCAAUUUCUUGGUCCAGCCAUGCAAGAGGAGGUACUGAAACUAGUUCUUUUGGCACUGGAAGACGGUUCUGCUCUUUCUAGGAAAGUCUUAGUCAUGUUCGUAGUCCAGCGUCUGGAACCACAUUUUCCCCAAGCUUCAAAAACCAGUAUCGGACAUGUCGUACAACUCCUUUAUAGAGCGAGUUGCUUCAAGGUAUCAAAACGUGAAGGUGAUUCCUCAUUAAUGCAACUGAAGGAGGAGUUCAGAACAUACGAAGCUUUGAGAAGAGAACAUGACGCUCAAAUAGUUCAAAUAGCCACGGAAGCAGGCCUGAGAAUUGCACCUGACCAGUGGUCCGCCUUAUUGUACGGGGACACAGGGCACAAAUCUCACAUGCAAAGUAUCAUUGACAAGCUUCAAACUCCGCAAUCAUUUGCUCAAAGUGUACAAGAACUUGUGAUCGCACUUCAACGCACACCAGACCCGGGUCAGUUAAGCAGUCUUAGACCGCAGUUAGAGUUGCUCGCUUCUAUCGAUCCCAGCCCAGAAACAGAGCCUCCGACAUGGAUUGAAUGUCGUGCAUCAUUGGAAGCUGUAAAGACGGUUGUUGCUGCACUAGUAGAAUUUAUCCAGCAGCACGGGAAUCGAAAACCACAGGAUAGUACUCACACCGCAGGUCCUGGUCAACCCAAGUACAAAGUCAGUAUGUGUCGUGACCUGGCUUUGAGAGGUUCCUGUCCUAGGACUACAAGUUGCACUUUCGCUCAUAGCGACCAGGAACUUGAUAAAUACAGAUCAAAGAAUCGAAAGUUAACCGUGAGAUCAAGCCUUUCACUGUCAAAUAAUUCCGAGACAAAGAUAGAAAAACUGGCAGUAAUAUCCAACAACAAAGGAUUCAAACAGUGCGAUGAUAUAGUUUACCAUUCUGGCAAACCUCACGAUAAUGGUCUUCGUGAAAGUACUAAGGUUAGCCCUGCACAACAUCCUGCAGUUUCGAAUGACAACAACUUUGUCGGGUCUCUGCCAAGUUAUAUAUCACCUCCAACGCAGGCUUUGCCACAGCUGGCAUCUGCUAAAACUGUCGAAAUGCAGUAUUCGCAUUACGUUAUGCCUGGGCCACCUGUUGAAUACAAUUCUCCAAACUUACCCAUUUGGGACCCCUCGCAAAUAACAUCCACUGUACACAACAACGUGCCUAAUAACAAUAAGAAGCAGCGAUCCGUGGCAAAAACUUUGGCGAUGCUGCUCCACCGUCGUAAUGAAAUAAAAAAACAACUGGAAAAUAUUGUUGGAAAACAGAGUACGACGCAGGCGAAAACUAAUAACACCACUCAGGGAGAUCCGUUGACAUCUAAUUUUUCCAUAUGGACAAACAUUUCUGGAUCGCAAAUAUCUUCAUCGUCCAAUAUAAAUCAUGGAAAUAAUUUUCAUCACUCCGAUUCUAUAUUGUUGGAUGAUGAAUUCGUACCAUUCGAUGCCCCCCCAGCCAGCAAGUAUGGCCCAAUUUCUCGAGUCUCAAAGCCACUAAUUAGUCAACGUCACCACAGAUCACCGAAUCCAGUACAAGCUACGGCUUUAUUUGGAGAAGGAACUCCAUCUGUACCAAGACGACCAAUGCCUCCAGUGAGUCCUGUGACAUCUUGGUACUAUGGACACCAGCCGUAUGCAAUGGGUACAAAUACUGGAGGUCAGCCUGUGCCAAGUUCUGCUCUUGGAGAUGGGUACAUCACAAUCGGUCGAGGCAUGUCUGAUACAACAUCUCAAGUACAACUAGCACGUCAGGAGUCUAUGUCAAAAGAUUUUAGUUUGCUGUUGGAGUCGCAGAAAGUGCAGCAGCAAUUAAAGCAUCUGGAAAAAAAGAUUAACGAUUUAAAGCUAGCCACCCAGGGAGCUGCUUUCAGUGAAGGAGAAAGAUUGGCUCAGGAGUUGCAGAUGAUUGAGGCGGGCAUUAGGGAAAAAGAAAGGGACGUACGGAACUGGAGUCCGUAUGGUAUGUCGUGGAUUCAGCCAUCAAGUAACUUAGUGCAGAAUCACAACUUGAACAGGGAAUACCGACCCGAUGAAGAGGAUACGUACGAAGCCGGAAUAGCUAAUGACAUGCGGGAGUUGGAAUUACGUUGGGAGUUUGAGUUGGAAGAGCAAGAGAAACGUUGGUCAAGCGAAGAAGAUAAUAUCAAGAAGUAAACAGAAUCCCUACAAAUAUUUAUUACCCAAUUCUUCAAGUUGCAUUGUCGUUUUGUACUUUGAAAUGAGCGUGAAAUCAAUAGUAUUUCAUCUUUUCAGUAGUAUUCUAGCCACCAAGGAAGCUAACAAUGUAAAAGCAGUUGGAAGUUUCACGAGAGAUUAAACUUACGUUAACGGUAUAUUUUGAAAAAGAAACAUGACGUAUUUUUAUAAUCAUAAAAAGUAAUAUAUAAUUUAUAAUGAUAAAACGAUUUUUGAAAACUUGAAGAAUUGGCUACCUGGUAUUUGAGUUCCAACUCGUAGGCGCAUUAUAGAUUGCCAAAUAGUCAUGAAUAGUGCAUAUAGCGAGUAAAAGAAAGAUUGUUUCAAAAACAACUGAGGAGGUGAAAAUGGAUUUGUUAAAAUUUAACAGAAGUUAGCGUCAGUGUUUUAUAAACAUGACAAACUAUAUAGCAUAUUUAUUUAUAUAUUUGCACAACGUGGCAAAAUAUUAUAUCUAUAUAUAAUAUUAUAUAUCGCUACCAUAAUAUUCGGGACGAAUAAUAAUCAACCUGAUGAUAGGUGAUUGGAAAAAAAAUGCCUAUAGGUACAUAUAAAUGUUAUACAUAAUGGGAAAUAACACAUUUUAUGAGGGAAUUUGGAUAGUUGGUGUCAUUAUAAAUUAUUCUAGUUAUAUAACCCAUCGAGCGAGCGUUGACUCUCGUUACGAAAAGCAUGUAGUCGAAUUUCCACACCUUGAUAAAUGGUUUUUCACUUUUCAUGGUGCCUUUCGCUAAUUCAAUUAAUUAUCUUCAACAAAAGUUUAGCAAAAAAAUCAAUAUUAUCCUUUGAGAAUACCAUCUUGCGCCCGAUUCUAUUUGUUGAAAAAAAGCACAUGCAAUAUUGAGCUCCAGAGUUUUUAUUUUCAUAUCAAAAAUAAAAUCGUAAAGUUGGUGUAGAAGGGUGAAAAGGAUAUAAAGAUGUUUUUCGCUAAAAACAUGGUUGUGGAAGCGACGAAUGUAUUUCGUGGAACAAUAUUGUGUUAUUGGAUAGGCUUGCUUGUAUAUCUGAGAAAUGAUAAACCAUGGUAUGUAUCUAUUGCGAUUGGGUUGCUUCUAUUUUUAUGAAAUAAUAUAUAUAACCUAAAGAUUAAUGUUCCAGUUUUAUUGGAAGUAACAAUAGAGAAUUUUACGAAGAAAAAAAAAUCGAAAAAAAACUAAAAAAAAAGUAUGGUUCUUGGAGGUGGUCUUUCUAGCCUUGAAUUACUAUAUGUUAUUUUUUAUACAUUUGUAAGAAAGCGGCUCUGUUCAAGCUUAUAGUUUCGAGUGUAGGAUUACGAAAACCCUGAAUCACGAAUUUGUCAUUUGUAUGGUUAAAAAUAUUAAGCAGUGAGCCUGAACAUAGCUGUAGUCUACUACUAAAGAAAAGAGAAAAAAGCAACAAAAAAAAAAGAGAAAAAUAAUAUAGUACAGUGAAUCGCAAAUAAUUGAUUCAACGGGUGAACGAUACUUUUAUUUCUUAUAAGCGUUAAGCUGUUGAAAAUGAUACUUGCACUGUGAAUGUAAGAAAUUGUUACACGCGACGUUAACUCGUCAACUUUAAAAGCAUAAAUUGUGGGUGGACAAAGCCCAUGAGCUUUUCUCAGACUGGUAUCCAAUCACAAGGCAUAUUUUAUUACUCAAUACAAGACAGAAGAAAAAAUGGAUCAAUUGAAAAUUAAAUCUAGCUUUAGAUUUAUGGAGUCACGUUCAAAAGCCUAGUACAUUUCAUUUUUAGAACAACAUGAAAACAAACUAAAUUACAAGUAUUAAAUUUGUUGUAUUCACGGAGUACAGUAAUGCAUUUAUUUCAAAUAUCUAAUUCACGUAAAAACUCUGACGGUGUGGUUGGGUACGUUUUCAAAUCGGUCAAUCAAAUGCAUACACGUGCCUAAUGUAAUUCUAUAAUUCCAUAGUGGUAAACAUACAAAAAAUCGCUAAAUUGUUUCGUCUAGAAACAUUGAAACGUGAAAACUUAAAGAUAUGUAUGAGAGGAUAUAUUUUUACCUUUCAUAUUAUUCGAAUUCUCACAUUUCUCUGUUUCUCAGUUAAUAAAAAUUUGCAAGAAUGUAUCCCCUCUGACAGUGCAACAUAUAAAUAUGUUUUAUGAAUAUAACACAGCCUAAAUGAACUAUUCUACAAAUACUUCCUUAACUUUCGUUGAGAAUAUAAUGUCAAACGUCUUGUAUGAGCCUAAUAUGACAAUUUAAUUGACAAGUGAAGGUCCAUAAAGUGUCCUACCAAACUUCUAGAUAUGCUUAAAUUUCGUUGAAAAUUUGUAUAAACCAUACUUGAAAUUGAUUUUGAUCACCAGUCACGCAAUUUAUAACAGAGAUUCGUUAAUGUCGCUGAGUUAUUUAUACGAAACUGUAAGAGCUUAGUUUAUGUUAUAUGUGCAAUUUCGUGACGACUGUCUCGUCUUCAAUCGGUUGUCAUUAUUUUUAUAUAAUUUAUAAGAAAUUCAGCAUAAUUCCGAAUUAGUGAAACACUGGGAUUCUCGUUCGCGUUAUUUUCCUUUUUAUUACUAUAAACACUUGUGUUAGGGAAUGUAAGUUUCCGUGCAUCUAAUACUUACCACUUCUUUUUGCUAAGUUCUAAAUGUUAUGUUCAUGAUUUUAUAAGUUAUAUUCUACAUUUAUAUCCUAUCGUUAUAUUUUUAAACUGAGCUCGCACACUUUCGUUAUAACUUAAUAUAUAAUGAUAUACCUAUUCUAUUUAUGUUUGAUUUUAACUCUGAUAUUGGUAAUCAGACGUGAGUUAUCAAUCAUCUUUGUUGGCAAAAAUAUCCGAUUCGUUUGCUACUCUUGUAAAUGAUUUUCUCCGCUCAAUUCAACGAAACUCGUUGCUAAAUUAUAAUCCAGGAAAUAUCAGUAAUCUGUAUUGAAAAUGAAAUCAAAUACGAAAAGAUUAGCCAUUCCAAUAAAGAUGCAAUUUUACACCUCUGUAAACCAAACUCAGAUUUGAUAGUCAGCGUAAUAUUCUGUUUAAUCUGCAAAGAACAAGCAAACGGAAAAAGAAAGUAGAAACACAUCUAUUUUCCCUUUUGAUCGUUUAGCAUAGAGUGGAGUUGAAGACGUGAAUAAGGAGAAGGGCUGUGUACAAUGGGAAGUAAUAAGUGCAACAGGACUGUUUGUGCAAGCUUCGGAUUAAUUACAUGUUAAACAUGUCACUAUAUUAUGUAUGAUGAUACGAGCGUACCUAUUGUUAACGGUAUGAGAAACCACAUACAAUCUACAGUAAAAGUUCUUUGUUUGAACAUACAAUAAUAAAGUAAUAAAUUAAAUAUUAUUAUACACA